AAAUCAGUAUUAACACAUCCAUCGAAGAAAACAUUCAUGUAUAACAUGAUCGUGUUACUGCUUGCAUUUAUAAUAACAGUUUUAUGUUUUAUUUAUCUUACUGGAAGAUACAAUGAAUUCUAUUGGAAAAGGAGAAAUGUCGCGUUUUACAAGAAGAAUAAAGUUAUGGGAGUGUUUUGGGGCUUUCUAACAAAGGACAAAGCAAUUUUCGAAAACUUAUGGGAAGUUUACAAGGAGCAUCCUAAUGAACCCGCUAUUGGCCUCGGAUCUAUUCUAACACCUACUUUAUACGUAACUCAUCCAAAGAAUGUUCAACAUGUGUUGAUUACGGAUUUCAACUCCUUUAACCACAGAGGACUGGAUGUCAACAAAGAUGACCUAUUAGCGGAUAAUAUCCUUUUCAUGGACGGAAAUCGCUGGAAGCUAAUGCGUCAACAUAUGACUCCCCUUUUCACGACAACAAAGCUGAAGUCCAUGUACUAUAUAAUUGAUAAAAGUGCCAUAGAUUUUGUAACACAUUUGAAAGAAAAUGCAGUUUUAUUAAAAGGUGAUGCUUUCAAUACUAUUUCUUCGUUUUGCUGUGCUGCGAUAGGAGCCGCUGUAUUUGGUGUAGGCACAAAGUCCAUCUUCGAUUCGCCUUUUCUUCAAAUGUCACAGAAUGCUUUCAAAUCAUCAUUCAAAUUAAAUCUCAAAUUCUCUCUCGGACAUUUGUGUAAUCCUCUGUUUAAUUUGCUGGGCAUAUCGAUGUUUAAAGACUUCGAGGAUCUUAUCAUUAAUGCAAUUAAAAGAGUGAUACGUGAGCGGGAAGCUGAUAACGUGAAGAGACACGACUUUGCUGAUGUGUGUGUGUCCUUGAAAAAUGCGGGAACAAUGGUGGAUAAGGAUUCAAAUGAACAAUUAGAACCUACAGAUGAACUAUUGGCAGCUCAAGCUUUCUUCUUCUACACAGCUGGCGUGGAACCUAUUGCUACUGUUAUAUUCAAUAGUCUAUUGGAAUUAGGUAGACAUCCAGAAUAUUUAGCUAAAGUUCACAAUGAGAUAGACGAAGCAUUCAAACUACAUGGUUCGAUGAAUUAUGAUGCCAUAGGUAGUAUGAAAGUGCUGGACAUGGUUGUGAAUGAAUCAAUGAGAAUUCACACACCCGUGGGCUAUGUGACGAGAAAAUGCGUGAAGGAUACUGUUCUUCCAAUUGGCAAUAUUAAAAUCGACAAGGGAACUAAGAUUUUCGUACCAAUAUUUGAGCUACACCAUGAUGCUAAAUAUUAUCCUGACCCAGAAGUUUUCGACCCAGAAAGGUUCUCUGCUGAAAAUAAGCACAAAAUAGCUGAUAUAACCUAUUUGCCUUUUGGGAGGGGGAAUAGAGUAUGUCUAGGAGCAAGAUAUGGUAUUCUGCAGUUGAAGGCCGGCUUAGUACAUUUACUACGAAAUUUCACAGUAAAGACAAUCAUUCUGGAAGAAGGGAUGAAGUACAGUCAACAGCAGUUUCAAGUUAGAUUGAGUAAUUUCGAUCUAGAGUUUAUACCAAGGAAUAAUGCUUGAUUCGUCUAUAGAAAAAGAAAAAUUUAGUUAAUUAAAAUAAAACUAUUCAAAAACA